AUGGGCCCGGCCCUCGAGCUGGGCGGACCUCCCAAAGAGCUCAGCCCGCGAGCCGACCACGAGCUCGUCGCCAUCGAAGGCGAUGCGGGUGGCGGCAAGGACAGGGCCGUCAUGGCAGCGCGCCAGCACGGCGGGGCGGAGUGCCAGGAUGCCGAUGGCGAGGCAUCCGAAGUGUGCGACCCAGAGGAGGAGGAGGUCGCCUUCGCCGGGAGCAUCUGGGACGCCGCGGUGUUCAUCGGGUGCCCGCAGGUGGGCGCAUGCGCAUCUGCGUUCACGGUGUUCAUGCUCCUGAUCAACAUCGGAAUGCAGGCGCUGUUCUGCCUUAUUGUAAACGACAACCUGACUCAUUCUGCAAUGUAUUCAGAAACAGUUCAAGAUUUCAAAGACUGGCGGACGACGAUAGCGCACAACGUGAAAUUUGUGGAUUCCCUCACUCACCGAUCUCUGGCAAGAAAAGUUUGCAGCUUCAGGGAUGCCCCGCUAUCUUCUGGACCAAUCGCUGGGCUUGCGGCGAUUAGCCAGUACAGUCCUCUUGAAGAGGAGAAGCAGUAUCACGACACGCCGCCGCUCGGAUAUUGGUUCCCGCUCCUGACGGAUCACAAAGAUGUAAACGUCGGCGAGUUGAUGUGUGGCGUCUCGGUUGUCCUCUGGUGGUUUGCAGUCUUGAAAGAGAUUUACUCCAUUGUCGCCCUGUGCCAGGCGCUUUUCUUUCUCCCGUGCCGUCCUACAAAAAUAUCCAGCACCUCGGGCGCACACGCACUGGUGGCGGUGUCACUCCCGCGCAGAGUCGUGUUUUGCACUGUGAUUGUUGUGCGGUCCAUGGUAUGUUUUGCCCUGGCUGUGUGCGGCACGCUCUACCUCGCCGCCACGCUCUCGCUCGGCGAUCUGCUGCUGAACGCCCUGGCACUGGAAAUCGUGCUCUCCCUGGACGAGCUCACCUUCGAUGUCUUGGCGCCCCGUUCCGUCCGGCUGCUGCUCUCGUCCAUGGCCCCCCUUGCGAAGCCCCGCAGCCGCUCGUGGCGCGGAUUGGACGGCAGGCCUGUCCUCGCGCUCGCCGUCAUAGGCGUCUCGAUGUAUGGCGUCUUUCAGUUUAUCCUGCGCGACCAGUCUACCACUCUCGGGCUGCACGGCACGAGCUCUGUGGUGGGAAUUUGGACUUCGUCGCCGGCGUCACCAACACCGGCUUGGUGGCCGCCUUCAGUCCCGGGGCCAACUACCAUGAGGCGGUAUCGGACACGGAGUUCCUGA